AUUCUUUGUAUGCCAGUUUCAACUUCCGAUGUGUACUUCGUCAUUAGUUUAUGUGAACAGUGCGCUUAAAGCGCUCUUGUGACUCGGACUCAUGGAUAUUGUCACAUGAUCUGACAGCACAGCCGAAGAAAAAUGGCAAGUCAAUCUACUGGGAUACAACAACUUUUAAAGGCUGAGAAACAAGCUGCUGAGAAAGUUGCAGAGGCCAGAAAACGCAAAGCCAAACGUCUAAAGCAAGCUAAAGAAGAAGCUCAACAGGAAAUAGAACAAUACCGAGCACAAAGAGAGGCCCAGUACAAGAAAUAUGAACAAUCGGUCCUUGGAUCAAGAGGCGACAUGGAAAGCAAGAUCGAAGCUACCACUCGUGUAAAGUUAAAGGAACUGGAGGGCAACAUGGUCAAGCACAAGGAGGAGGCCCUCAAGAGACUAAUGGACAUGGUUCUAGACAUUAAACCAGAGCUACAUGGAAACUGGAAAAAAUAGGCAUACUGCUUAACACAUGAAUGAGCAGAAUUCUGCUGUGGUUUGAUAAUUAUUUUAUAGGCAUUUGAAACUUGUAAGCAUAUUGAAGUGAGUUAAUUGCUGAUAAAAGUAAAUAUGUGUUGAAGGUAUGUAUCCAUUAACACACAUAUAUAUUUAUAGUAUUUUGUUGUAGACUAGGAAAAUUCAGCUCUGCUUAAUAAUUAUAAAGCCACAGUGUAGAAUCUUUGCUAAUAGCAAUCCAUGUACACAAUAUGGGGUAGUCUUCAUAUGUAUGACUGUGUCAGAUCAUUUGUUAAGUCUAGUGUCAAUAUUGUGCUGUAGAUCAAGAAAGGUUGACUGAUUAUUGUAUCCAACAGUUAAUCUUUGCAGAGUUAAUGUAUUCAGAACUAGAUUUCCAAUUUGUUCCAUUGUUAGGAUGAAUGAGAAAUGUGUGUGGAUUAGGAUGUUGUAGAAAAUGAAACUUGUAUCUAGUCAACAUAAGUAAUCAUACUGUGAGAAUAUAGUUUUUCAACUGCUAAACAGGAGCUUAAGUGAGCAUUAUUUAACACACAAUUACGUUAAAACAUUCCAAUUUGAAAUACAUUUAAUACUUUUGUUGUGAUGAUCACAAGAUUUGUAAAGCAAACCUGUGCUUAUACAGUCACCAUCCCAAGUUAUAUCUCUGUUAUAUCUGAGAGCAAGAUAAUUUAUUAUGAUUUUAAGGAUGCCUUUAUUAUAUUAAAUAGCAUUAUGUCUGAAAUAAAUUGCAUAUACAUAUA